AUGAUACUUUACAAAUUUCAGUCUGAUCUUCAUUAUCGUCAUAGUAUACCACAUAAAGCACUAAAAAAUAAACAUUUUUCUGAUAGUCUUGAAAUGAUUUUCAUUGAAAGAUAUGCAAGUUCAUUACCCUAUCUUGAUAUAUAUCGUAUUCGGAAUGAUAUGAAAUUAAUUCAAUCAAUCCAACGUAAGAUACGUAAAACACAUUAUAUCAUACGUAUAACUGAUAAAACUGGUGUUUUUCAUAUUGGUUCAGCUAUUGAUUAUGAGAGAACAGUAAAAGAAUAUCAAAUGAAAACAAAUGUUUAUAUAGAAUUAUCAUCUAAUCCAUUAAUGGAUACAUUUUAUAAAGUAAUACAUGCAUCAAAUGAUUUACGUAGAAAACGACAAAUUACACAAUGGCAAUAUACUAAAAUGAUACCAGAUAAAAAUAAAAUUGAAUUAGCUUACUUAUAUUUUAUACCUAAACCACAUAAAUUAAUUGUUUUAUUCUAA